CAUGGGCAUUAACCUGACGGCGAACCCUCGCCUGCGGAUGCUGUACGUGGUGUGGGGGUUUAUCGAAAUUCUGCUGUUCGGCGGUCUCAUCUUCGGCUGGGGCUCCCUCGUCUACGUCCUCAAAGACGAGGGCAUCUACGCCUACCUCUGCGACUGCACCGACAACUGCACCUACGGCAACACCAAGACCACGUCCACGACGACGACGACUCCUGUUACUGCGACGAACCUGACCCCAACGAUCGGCGGUGACGUCAAAGGGAAAGGGUGUAAAGAGCAGGACUCGAUGCUGUCGCUGGUGUUCACGGUGGCGUCGUUCUUCUCGUGUGUGGGAAGCGCCGUCAUGGGACACAUCAACUACAAGUUUGGAACGAGAGUCACUCGCAUUUGUGCUUCGUUGGCAUUUGUUGCUGGUUGCUUGAUGGUAGCUUUCGUCAGUGUCGAUCUACCAUGGUUAAUAUUCCCAGGACUUUCACUGGUUGGAGCAGCAGGUAUUCCCUGGCUAUUCACAAAUACACAGAUUUCCAUCCUGUUCACGACUGGUAGUUCUACGGUGGUAGGAUUGUUAUGUGGCGCCUUCGACUGUUCAGCGGCCGUUCAACUUAUCGUCAAGCUUGCCUAUGAAAAUGGUUUCUCUAGACGGAACUCCUACUUGGUGCUGGUUGGUCUGCACAGUAUGGUUCUAGUGAACACUUUCCUCUUCCUGCCAAAGGAUUUCAUCUUGAAGUUGGACGCAGAGGUCGAGCACAAUGUUAACCAAGACGGCCAGAACGGGACAGUGGAAGUGUUCGAAAUGGAGAAGAAGAGCAAAACAGAUCCUGAAGUAGGAGAGGAAAAAGAAGAAAAUGCCAUUAAUAAAGAAGCAGAGAAUACAAGCAAUGAGAAAGAUAUUGGCAAACGUACACUAAAGAGUUGUAUGUUGUCCCGUGCUUAUCUGCUACACGUCUUCUGGCUGUGCAUUCUACAGCUGCGCUUCGACUACUACUUCAGCUCUCUCAAUCCGUGGAUUAACAACAUCCUCGAUGGAGACAAGAACCAAGUGAGUUUCUACACCAACAUCUCACUUUACUUGAUGCUGGGCAGUAUCAUAACAUCACCACUUGUUGGUAUUUUGUAUGACUGGCAGAAACGAAUAUUCAAAAACAAACGAUCCGAGAAAUGUCGGCAGCUGAUGCCUUCUGUCUUGCCUCUGACGUUAGCAGUUGUUCUAGCCAGUGUUCUCUCUGUCCUCGCCCUCAUCCCGGUGGAGGAAAUCCUUUAUUUGACCUUCAUCGCACUGACGAUAUUCCGAUCAUUCCUCUAUGCAAUGGCGGCUGCCUUUAUCAGCGAAAUAUUCCCUAACGAAUAUUUCGGCUUGAUGUAUGGAGUCCUAAUGGUUGCUGGCGGUAUCUUUGGUUUCUUCCAGUUUGCCCUCUUUCAGUGGGCAAAGGCAACAGACUUUGAUCAGGUGAUCAUAUUUCUUCUUGUGUUGACAUGCACGUCGUUUGUGCACCCAGCUUACCAGUGGUACACCAGCCGUCGAAUGGAGAGGCUGGCUAAUUGGUAUUAUAUUUGUUCUAAAAUGUAGUCUGAAUUUUGUUUUCAAACAAGCUGUUUCCAUGUCUAGAUUGUCUUUAAGUCUCAAUAAAAUAGUGUUUGCCACGUUGCCCAUUCAUUAUUAAAUACAUCGUAUUUACAAGUGUUUAAAAGAAUAUACCUUUCAAUUUCAAAUUUAUGUUGCAUUAUGCCAUGCACAGCGUUAAUACUUAAACAUUUCCUUUGUAUUUUUAUACUGUAUAUAUAAUAUUUUAUAUUAAUUAUUAACCAGUUUAUAAAAUCGUUUUUAUUAUUAUUUAUCAAACCAAACAUUAUAAUAGUUUUAUUAAAAUGAAUUAUAGUUCCUGUUCGAGUAAAUAUCCAAUCUGUUACUGCUUCCCAUAAAGUGUGUACCUUAUCGGAAUCGAAAAAUCUUGUUAAUCUUGUAUAUAAAAGUAUUAGUAGCUAAUAUGUUUUGCAGUAAUCUAUACUGAAACCAUCGAAGGCUAGAAUCUUUCACACAUCGAAAUAGUAAAGCAUAAUAUUUUUUCCAGUCAGUUUGUUCAAAGAAAAAGCCUUCAUUACUAUAUUUUAUCUAUCCUUUUGGCUUUACAUACUGAAAGUUUAAAAUGUCAUACAUAUCUCUGCACCCUUUUUUACUUUUUAAUAAUAGUUGCAGUUUUAAUGGGUAUAUAGGAUUUUUCACUGUGUUAAAAUGAUCGUCUUUUAACUGAUAUAAUUUAUAUAUAAAUGAUUUGACAGCAUUUAUUAAUGAUGCAUAGUUGAUAAAAUAUGUAGUUAUAUGGUAUUUUUCAACAAACUGGUCAUAUUUAAAAAGAAUUCCAUUUUCGGCUAAUAAAUCGUUUAUAAUGCUUUUACCAAUAUAGGUUUUAUACAAAAAUGGUUUAUGAUCUAUUAAUAUUUUACUGUUAAGCCAUGUAUUUGUUCCAAGUAUGUCCUCUACAUUAUUCGGAUUUUGUUUUUGUUGUAUUUCUGCCCAACUUUCCAGAGUAUCUUUCAAAAACAUAUUUUUCAUGUGCAAUGUUUUACGAACAAUAAAAUUAUCCCCAUAUAAGAUUAGAUCCUUUGUGGAUAUACCUGUAACUGAUUUAAAUAGGGUUAUCCAUUUUGAGUUUUCUUGAAACAAUCUUCGAACCCAUACACAUUUUAAAGCUAUAAGAAAGUUAUCUAUGUUUAUCAUUUUUAUACCACCAUUUUUGUAAUCUUAUGUUAUUAAUGUUCGUUUCACCUUUUCUGGUUUAUUCUCCCAAAUAAAUUUUAA